AACCCCUCAACACCUCUUCAAUCCUCCUAUCUUCAUUCACUCACUCAUUCCUCACUCUCUCCUUAUCCUCAUAUCUAAUCCUCUCAUCUCUUCUUCUCUCCCUCCAACAAUGGCGGCAACAACAACAAUGGCUACCCUCAACCUCCCUUCACUCACCUCUCAUCCAACACCCUCUUCCACCUUCCUCAAACACCCUUUAACCCUCCAAUUCCCCUCUCGCAACCCCAUCAACCCUCUUUCCUUCUCCUCUUCCCGCACCACCCGUCUUCGCCCCAUUGCCGCUGUCGAAGCACCCGAGAAAAUCGAGCAAUUGGGUACUCAACUCUCCGGCCUUACGCUCGAGGAAGCCAGAGUCCUCGUCGACUGGCUUCAGGAUAAGUUAGGAGUUUCUGCUGCGUCGUUCGCUCCUGCUGCUGCUGUUGCUGCCCCUGGUGCUCCUGCUGAUGCCGCUCCUGCUGUCGAAGAGAAGACGGAGUUUGAUGUGUCAAUUGAUGAAGUUCCUAGUAAUGCUAGAAUUGCUGUGAUUAAGGCUGUUAGGGCUUUGACUAGUCUUGGACUUAAAGAAGCUAAGGAUUUGAUUGAAGGUUUGCCUAAGAAAUUGAAGGAAGGUGUUUCUAAAGAUGAUGCUGAAGAUGCUAAGAAACAGCUUGAAGAGGCUGGUGCUAAGGUUUCCAUUGUUUAAGAAAAUAUAAUAUUUGAGGUUUUUUUUUUUUUUUUUUUGGGUUUUGUUUUUUUAUGUAAUUUGGUAAAUGUUGGGGUAAAUCUUUUGUUGUGAUUUUAGCUACUCUUUUUUAGAUAAUUAAUUGUUUUAGAUGUAGUAUAUGCGGAAUUCUAAUGUUGCUUUUGUAAUUUGGUUUAUGUAAUUUGGUAAAUGUUGAGGAAAAUUGCAUCAUAAAAUUUUACCAAAUUCAACUAAUGUGUUUUCGCA